ACUUUGGGAGAGACGAGCUUUUGCUUUCUUUCUCUGUUUUCUCUCUCUUUCUUUCUCCAUUCACACUCACUUUAUUAUUAAGUUGUUUGGCCUCCUAGGGGAAUGGGUCUUUAUUAACCUACAUACUUACUUUUUAGUUGUUGUACUCCGCUAUCAGAAGAGUUUAGAAUUGCCAUGUUCUUCACUGCAAUUCUUCCCACCUUUUCUUUCCGCAACCUGGUCUCACUGCUUUAACCUGUUCUCUUUUACUAAUCAGUACCAGUACCAUUUCACUGCUUUAAUCCUUUUUUUUCUGCGUUCUUUUUGGGAGUUGUGACAUUGGGCUUCGGUAGUUUGUUAUUUCUUUUGGGAUUUUGUACUUUUUUCUUAGAGGGAUUUGGGUUUUUUUUGUAAAGAUUUGGGUUAUUUAGAGGGUGCACGGAGGUCGUCCGUCAAAUUUCUUUGUCAGAGAAAGCAGAAGGAACAGCAAAGAGAGAAAGGAUAUGGCGGGAGGCGGAGGAGCCGCACCACCACCAAAACAGGAAGAGCUGCAGCCACAUCCUGCUAAGGAUCAGCUUCCAAAUAUUUCUUACUGCAUUACCAGCCCUCCUCCUUGGCCUGAGGCAAUUCUACUUGGCUUCCAACACUACUUGGUGAUGCUUGGGACAACAGUGUUUAUACCCACUGCUCUUGUUCCUCAGAUGGGGGGAAGAAAUGAGGAAAAAGCGAAGAUGAUUCAAACAUUGCUAUUUGUGGCUGGAUUAAAUACAUUUUUCCAAACAUUUUUUGGUACUCGCCUGCCUGCAGUUAUUGGAGGUUCCUUUAGCUAUUUGCCUGCUACCAUUUCAAUCGUUUUGGCUGGUCGAUAUAAUGAAAUUUUGGAUCCUGUCGAGAGAUUUGAAAAGACAAUGCGUGGAAUUCAAGGUGCGCUCAUUGUUGCCUCAACUCUCCAGAUUGUCGUGGGCUUCAGUGGCCUUUGGAGAAAUGUUGCAAGGCUCUUGAGUCCAUUAUCUGCCGUUCCUUUGGUUGCUCUAUCUGGAUUCGGCCUCUAUGAAUUUGGUUUCCCUCUAGUUGCAAAAUGUGUGGAGAUUGGACUGCCACAGAUCAUCUUUCUUUUAAUUUUCUCGCAGUACAUACCCCAUUGGAUACGAGGGGAGAGGGCUGUGUUUAAUCGGUUUGCUGUUAUAUUCUCUGUGGUCAUUGUGUGGGUUUAUGCUCACCUCCUUACUGUAAGUGGGGCAUAUAAGAAUACAGCACACCAAACCCAAACAAGCUGCCGAACUGACCGUGCAGGAAUUAUAGGUGCUGCUCCCUGGAUAAGAGUUCCAUACCCCUUCCAAUGGGGAGCUCCUACUUUUGAUGCUGGAGAGGCUUUUGCAAUGAUGGCUACUUCAUUUGUUGCACUAGUAGAGUCCACUGGUGCCUUCAUUGCUGUAUCUAGGUAUGCAAGUGCAACUCCACUUCCACCUUCUAUACUUAGCCGUGGUGUUGGUUGGCAGGGAGUCGGAAUUCUCUUUUCAGGCAUAUUUGGAACUGGGAGUGGAUCAUCAGUAUCUGUUGAAAAUGCUGGAUUGUUGGCACUGACACGUGUUGGCAGUCGAAGGGUUGUUCAAAUAUCAGCAGGGUUCAUGAUUUUCUUUUCCAUUCUUGGAAAAUUUGGAGCUGUUUUUGCUUCAAUUCCAUCUCCAAUUAUUGCAGCUUUAUAUUGCCUUUUCUUUGCAUACGUUGGUUCAGCAGGUCUCUCUUUCCUGCAGUUUUGCAACCUAAACAGCUUCAGAACGAAGUUUAUACUUGGGUUCUCCGUUUUCAUGGGCUUGUCGAUACCACAAUACUUCAAUGAGUACACAGCAAUUAAAGGUUAUGGGCCCGUUCACACUGGCGCAAGAUGGUUCAAUGACAUGAUCAAUGUGCCAUUCUCAUCGGAACCUUUUGUUGCCGGCUUCUUGGCAAUGUUCUUGGACGUCACGUUGCAUAAAAAAGACACGGCAACUAGGAAGGAUAGAGGGAUGCACUGGUGGGACAGGUUCCGGUCGUUCAAGACAGACACAAGAAGUGAAGAAUUCUAUUCCUUGCCUUUCAACCUGAACAAGUUCUUCCCAUCAGUGUGAUCUUCCAACAUCUAAUUUUGAACUUAUUUUUGCUCUCUUGCCCCUAAUAUACAUGUCUUUUCGGGCACUACAUAGCAACGAUGACCUUUUUCCCUAAUUUCAGAUCAACAUAACAAGUAAACUUUAGUGGUAUAAAUGCAUGUAUAAUUAUUGUUUGAUUCUCUACAUUUCUUCUAGCUGUCAUGUUUCUUCUUGGA